AUGGCUGUCUCCGUAACUGUUCGUGCACCGCGUUUAGUUUCAAUCCACCUUCAGGACCCUGCCAAAGCUGGUGCACUCACCUUUGCUUUAGGUAUCUGCUCAAUUUUAAUUUGGUGGAGGCGUCAGCUGCGGUCGAUGGACAAGCCUACAGAUUUCUCAGACCCUUUUCUCACAAUGUUUAGUUACAAGGAGUUGAAAAUUGCAACGAGGAAUUUCAGGUCUAAGUUAGGGAGGGGAGGAUUCGGCUCCGUGUUCAAAGGAUCUCUACAAGAUGGUACGCUUGUGGCCGUAAAGAAAAUGGAGGAAGGGUCGCAACGGUUAUUGGUUUAUGAUUACAUGCCCAACGGCUCUCUGAAUUCCUUUCUGUUCACAAGUCCGUCCAAAAGUAAACGGAAGGUACUCGAGUGGAAGAUCCGAUUUGAGAUCGCUAAUUUGUCCCCCAAGUUAGCGGAUUUCGGGCUGGCAAAGCUUGUGGGUAGAGAUUUUAGCCGCGUCCUGACCACCACACGAGGAACCAGAGGGUACUUGGCUCCAGAGUGGAUCUUUGGUCUUCCCAUCUCAUCUAAGGUUGACGUCUACAGUUUUGGUAUGACGCUUUUGGAAAUCAUUUCGGGACAAACAAAUGUAAACUUAAAUGUCCAAGCUUCAAGUAACUUUUACUUUCCUUCAUGGGCUGCAACUCCUAUUCAGCAGGGGAGCACGAUGAAUAUUGUGGAGGAGGGUGUUGCAGCGGAAGCAAACGUGGAAGAGGUGAGAAGAGCAUGUGUUGUAGCGUUGGUAUUUAUUCAAGAGGACGAGGAAGUGAGGCCUAGCAUGGGGCAAGUGGUGCAGAUGCUGGAAGGGAAGAUAGAGCCUCAAACUCCGCAGAUUUCGAGCUCAACGUUUAGGCCAGAACACCCAAGUGACACAAGCAGCUACAGCCAGGGUAAUGUUACCAGUAAGAAAAAUGUUAAUGGAUCAAUGCAUUCUAAAAUGCAGAGGCAUGUUAUUUAA